AUGGAUCUUAUAAAAUCUCUUUAAAAUGCAUGCCAUUCAUGGAUUACAUAAAAUUCCAACCUACAAAUAAAUUCAGAAUAUAAUUUCCAUGAAAUCACGACAUUUUCCAGUUGAAAGGGUUGAAAAUUUUCGAAAAAUUUUUCCCAAAAACGCAUGUCAAUGAUAAAUUCGCUCACAUCUUGUUCUCACACGGGCCGCCAUUUUGUGAUUAGUCAAGAUCGUGGUCCUGCGAAAAACUGUUCUCGCAGUCAAGUUUUUCAUGUUUUUUUCGCUUUUAAAGUGUUUCAAAUCGGGAAAAAAGGCUUUAAAUGCGAUCGCGAGUAGUCGCAGGAUCGUUUCAGAUAAGUGAUAUGUGCAAGUUGAGCGUGAAUGGGUGCAUAAAUUGAAUUUUUCAUUUUCCAAAAAAACGAAACGAGAGACAAUUCGUCGAACAAAAAGUCAUCGAUUUAUUGGUGGGCGAGUGUAGUGGUGAAGAAUCCAGAGGAAGGUGCACGUUCGUACAGGGGUGAUGUUGCGCGUGUGUGCGCGGGGCUAUUCACGGCAGUAGCGCCCGACGGCGUGUAAACAAUUUUUGACAGUGUCAGAGGUGGGCUAGUGUUGGCUACGGGCGAAUGGUAGUGGUGUGGAAACUGGCGUGAAAACAUAGGCGCGAGUGCGGUAGUGUGCGGGUCCGUUGCCCAGGGCACGUAGAGGAGUGUUGGUAGAUUGUUUUGCGCGCGCACUCAUUGUCGCCGUGGUCCGUCGUUGGCGCGAAGAGGACGGCUGUAGGCGCGCCGCGUGUUGUCGUCGGCGGGUUGUUGUUGGUGCUGCAAGGGAAAUUCGCCGCGUCGCCAUGAUGGCAUUUUCGCGACCACGCCGUUCCGCACACAAAACACAGAAAAUCCAUUAUUUGUAAUUUUCUUGUGAUUCGGGAGUGUGAAAAGAAUUGGAGAAAUGGCGCGCUGCUAAGACGCAGUGGAGCACGUGGCAGUUUUGUGUCGUGGGCCACAGUAGUGCGGUGGGCCGAGGAAAAUACUCGGCGUGAAGUUUUUCAUUGAAGUUUUUUGAUUUUUGUUUUUCGUUCGCCCGCUCGCCCCGGACGAGGUUUCCGAGAAGUCGCCAGUCGCCCCGCCGGGUGAGCAGUCGAGGUAUUUGCUUGUGUUGAUCGCCGUCCCGUCGUUUGAAUUCGCCGUGGGUCGAAUGACGGCUUGGCCGCCUGGACGGACUAGGCGUGAGUGAAUCUCCCGGGAGUCGCCUGCAAUCGCAUUGCACGGAUUUGACAAUCGCGCGCGCGUUUCGCUGUCAAUUGUCAACUGCGUGUGACAGCUCUCGUUCCUCCAAGAAGUCGACUAGAAUUGCCUGGCUCUGCUGAGAGAAAUUGCGCGGCAGCAUUAUUUAUUAUGCUGACGGCAUCUCGGCAGGAAAUGCUUCGCAGUAGAGACGAACCGAAGCUGUAACAAAGCUACACUAAUCAGACCAUUGCCGGGGAAGCUGUGUCGCAGGGAGAGCGGCAGAACGAUCUCAUCAAGAAACCAAACGUCGGCAAUUUGUAAUUGCGUUCGCCUGACCGGCUGCCGCCUUUCGGGCCCACUGGAAUUUUUGCGACUGUGGCACGUAGUAAAUAACAAAAGCAAACACGACGGGGAAAAUGUCGAAGCUGUCGUUCCGGGCCAGGGCCCUGGAUCCCUGCAAGCCCAUGCCAAUCUUCUUGGCAGAGGAGCUGCCCGACCUGCCCGAGUACUCGGCGAUAAAUCGAGCCGUGCCGCAAAUGCCGAGCGGAAUGGAGAAGGAGGAAGAGUCCGAACAUCAUCUUCAGCGGGCAAUAUGCACGGGUCUAAUAAUUCCAACGCCGGAGGUUUUUACGACCGACCCGGAUUUCUAUGAGAAGAGCUACCCUCCCAAUUACAAGAUGCCACGGCAACUCAUCCAUAUGCAACCACUUGGGUUGGAGCAGGAUAUUCCUGACUAUGAUAUGGAUAGUGCCGAUGAGCUCUGGAUGAAUUCGCAAGCGCGGCGGUUAGACUUAACACCUUUGAAAUUUGAACAAAUGAUGGACAAGCUGGAGAAAAGCUCUGGGCAAACGGUGGUUACCUUGCAUGAAGCCAAAGCUCUGUUGAAACAAGACGAUGAAGUUAGCACAGCAGUUUAUGACUAUUGGUUGAAUAAACGACUGAAAACACAACAUCCCCUCAUUUUGUCUGUUAAAACGGAGAAUCGUUCAGGAACUGCCGCUAACAAUCCGUACUUGGCAUUUAGACGAAGGACUGAGAAAAUGCAGACGCGAAAGAAUCGGAAAAACGAUGAAGCGUCCUACGAAAAAAUGCUGAAGCUACGGAGAGACUUAAGUCGAGCUGUUACUCUGUUGGAAAUGGUGAAGAAGCGAGAGAAAACGAAACGUGAUCAGCUGCAUUUAACGGUUGAGGUGUUCCAGAAACGAUACCAACUCCGUGAUUUCAGCGGAAGUCUCACGAGCGAAUUGAGCUCCAGCAUAAAGUCAUCAAGGCCCGCGUUUGCACCAAUUUAUUCGAAUCAAUACUCCCAUCAUUCAUCAUCGGCUCAGUCUGGAAAUCUACACACAACUUCAUCCACUUCGUCACAACAACAACAACAGCAUCAUCAUCACUAUUCAGCGUCGUCGUACCAUUCAUCUGGAAUCGGAAGUGCUGCAGGUUCAUCGGUAUCCGUUGCGACCAAACGCGACUUGGACACGGGAAAUAGGAAAGAAAAGCGACAGUACAAGAAGCGGAAACACAAAUUACAACGCGACAAACAUUAUACCACUCAAAAUGCCGCAUCACCCGCUGCUAUUGAAUCGACGAUCUCGUCAGAGGAGGAAGACCUGGCCGGUUCACAUUUAAUGGGCUCUGAAGGCGAAGAUGAGGGAAUGUACUCCUUUCGUCGCAAUAAGAAUUGUGAAUAUCAUAGGCCGCUUACCAAAGGUUACGGUAAUUGGCCCUGGGAGUCUAAAGAGGACAACGGUUUGGGUGAUCCUAAGUAUAGGUUUACGUUAACGUCUAUCAGGACGCCAAGGCCGCGGUGUGUUGGAUUUGCACGGCGAAGAGUAGGUCGUGGGGGACGAGUCAUACUAGACCGAAUAUCGACGGAGGCGGACGACCUGUGGUCUCAGCUAGAUUACAAAAUAUUUGAAAGUCGAACAGGCCAGGAAUCGCAAGUUUUAGGACAAGAUACAUUGAAGAAAGCGGAAACAUCGCUGUCGGAUGACGAGAACAUUUCCCGUGAUGAAAAAUUCAUUUCCAGUUCAACAAGUCCGAUCAGUGACCCUUAUCGUGCACUAAGUAAUAUAAUGCUGAGUAUGAAAGGGGAAGCUGAUAGUUUAGAAAGUAGUUAUGGUGGUGUGAUGAUCAACAGCAAUCUGUACAGUGAUUUGUGCAGUAGACUUUAUAGUGGCGAUGUAGAUAUGCAUAGGAAAAGCAACUUUGAAAGUAUUAGAGAUUUACUUAAGAAAGGGAUUAAGCGAGAGCGAGAAAUUGCAGAGGAGGUGGACGUGAGCGGGGACGAUUGGACGCGCUUGCCAGAUGCUUCGCUGCAGUCAGCAUCGUCGUCAUUAGAUCAACGAGAUUCCGAUAUUGUUGUUGAUUUAGUUAGGACUCAAUGUAUAAAUAGGAUAAGUAAUCGAAAUAUUAGUAGUAACAAUAACAAUAAUAUUCAUGCUCCGAGCUACAGUAGUAGUGGUGGCGACACCAUAUUCAAUAGACAAAACACAACGGACGCGACGAGUAGCAGUAAUGUGAUAAAAGAUGAAUACGCAACAGUAAUUAAACGGGAAUUUGAAACAGAUGCAAACUAUUCGGACGAUGAGAACGUGAAUUUGGCAAGUUUAAGCAGUAAAUUGUACGCGUCCAGGGAAGCACUGACAAAUGCUACCGUACUGUCAAAGGAACCGGCCUUCGAGCAGCUGUUGACGCACAGCAAUUUUGUAGAUUUGAAUACAAGUACAAGAUUUCUGCAUAACUCAGAAUAUUUACGCGGGGGAGACGUUAAGCCUGAAACGGUCGUCUCAACGAUAUCUGAGACACAGUCGCGAGUGGACAGCAAGGACGAUGUAGACGACCAGGAGGCCAUCUACAAAGAAUUCCUGAAUGAGAUUCGGAAAAAUUGGCUUCACUUUCACCCGAAAACGCCGCCACCUCCGAGUCCCGAUGAAAAGUCUUCCGACGACGGAACGAGGACGCCAGUGAAUUUCUCUGAGCAAACACCGAUCGCUUUGGAAAUGCAGCGAAUCAACUCAGGUUCUAUCCCGCCCCUCUCACCAAGCUUACCGUCAUCAGUAUUCUCGUCAAAGAUAGACACGGAUCCGAUGUUCGUUACGUCGACGUUCAGCUACAACGAUUUGGGCGGCGAUGAACAAGCACUUCUUCUAAAUACAACGACUGAUAGUUCAAACUCAGGAAUCGAUUUUAAUUUAAGCGGUGACAGUCUCACCGAGUUGAAUUUGUCCUUAGGGGAAGAUGAAAAUGAAAAAAUGCUGGAAAAUAUUCUGGAGGAAUGUCAGAUAGACGACUUGAAGACUUUCAAUCAGACGACGACAUUCUGGGAUGGUAUUUUGGAAGAUGGCGGACUUCUAGAUGUUAUCGACGACAAAAAGGUAAUUAUCCCAGAUGCCAGUAAAUCGGUGGAUCUGUCGGUAAUUGGCACAGUGGCGACGAUUCUUGACGAGAAAGACGAAGGUAAACGGUCAUCAAAUAAACACAAAGGAAGCAUAUCGAAAGUGAAACUGGGCAGUUCACAAUUCACCAUCACAAAUUGUUCGCAAGACGAAAAAUUCUUUAGUAAAGAAGAACCAGCGCCAGCUAAUGCGAUAAUAAAAUGUGAACCGCCAGAAGAGCUACUAGAGAUACCGCAAAGUUCACAGCAAAAAAGUGUUCAAAUUCCAACUUCUCUGUCUAAUUUUGGACGAAGUGUUGCUACGAAUAUAGAGAAUUCAGAAACAUCUCAAUCUAUUGGCAACGCGCAACCCAAUAUUGUUGAAAACCGUAACCCGCCUAUUAAAGUUUUAGUAAAGCAAGACACUCCCGCAUCUAACAUUUCAACAACACCUGCUCCAAUAGUCACUAAAAUAAAUCAAGUUCCUAUAAAUCAAGUGAAUGCGUCGCAAGUUAUAACAACAAUACCAUCAAAUGUGAAAGUGGAAAAUAACAAGGCGACAUUGAUUGCGAAUGUUAUUCGUGAUGUCGUGGCGAGCGGAGCAACAGGGUCAGUAGGAGGAACGACUGGUAUUGUGAACGUUUCUAACAACAUAAAUGCAUCUACAAAUGUUCCUUCAUUGUUGAUGACAUCGAUUCAGCAACAGCCUCAACAACAAAUACAACAUCAGACAUCAUCUCAGCCUCAGCCCCAACAGCACAUUAUUUUCAGACAAAUUACUCAAUCGUCACAGGCACCGCAACAAAUUCAAACUUCAAGUGGAGUUGUUAAUGCAACGGCUGGUAAUUACACAACCGAUGGAAGCGGAGCAAUUGUGAUUGCAGCAAGUACGCCAUCGCCUACGAAACGACAAAGCAAUGGACCGACAGCCAUCCAAACCAUUCUGAAGCAACGGUAUGCAAACAGACGCUUGAAUUUAAUUCCACAACAACAGGAUGAGGUGGUCGUGCAAACCACACAAAAACAACAAGUUCAACCCCAGCAGCAUUUGCGAACAAUGGCUGGAAAUCUCAUCAAGAUGUCCUCGCUUCCAGUGAUUGAUCUUAACUUCCAACAACAAACCCAAGCAUCGCAGCAAACACAGCAGCAGCAACAAAAUGCAAUUUCAGCUUCAGCGGCUGUUGCGGUGGCUGCCAAUCAUAACUACAGUCUUCAACCUACCGCUCAACCUAUCACUAUAAUAGGACAUCAACAGCAAUCAGGCAAUAAGAUCAUCUUAAACACUUCCGGUGCAGGUGGCAAUGUUGCCGGUGGAACGAACUUCACCGUUUCCGAUCUGCCUGCAAAGUUUCAAUAUAGUCAGCUUCCCUCAUCGAAUAUUAAGGUGAAUUUAGUUACCAGCUCGGGAAUUCAGCAAGGCAGUCUGAUAAUGGAUGCAAAAAAUUCAGAAAUGGUUAAAACAUCGCUCCAGCAACAUCAACAGGCACAAAUCACAGUUGCAGCAGGACACGAACAAACACAAUCUCCACAGUACGCGGCGCGUAAAGCAGUGAACAUGUUUAUCGAUCCCGAGCAGAAGCGAGUUCUUUGCAAGUUAGUUAAUUUGUCGUCGUUGCAACAAAAGAACACUCCCGGGCAGAUUGUGCAAGUUUCUUCGGGUGCAGCAGCUCAUCUAGCCAAUAAGGGUCAAACAGUCCAGCGAAUAGGAAACUCUGCAAUUCUGGCGAAUGUUCGAUCGUUGGUUAAUAACCAGGUGAUCGGGACAACUGCGAAUGCGGUUCCGACUGCAGGAGGAAAUGUGAAUUCAAUUGUGGCAGUCGCGCAAGGUGGUUUGAGCAGUGGGUCAGUGGGUGAUGUGACAAUGAAAAAUCAGACAACUGGGGGUGGUGGAAGUAGUAGCGGUGGCGGCGACACAACUGCAAAUGUUGUCUCGAGCGGGAUUAAUCUGAAUACGACUAAUAGGUGAGAAAAGGAGAGAUAACUACUAGUAACUUCAAUUGUCAUCAUUGUUGGAAUGAUAAGUGUUGGAUUUGAUAACAACUACGAUGGUCGAAAGAGCCACUUCACAUUUGGGACGUUUUAUGAUAGAGUCACUGAUUCUCAGAUAACAUUUUGUUAUUCGGCGUUUAGCUGCUAAUGAUCAUCAUCCUGCUCGUCAUCCGUUGAAUUUCUGUAAUCGCUACUACUGGAUGGGACGUGAUGAAUCGUUCCUCAGUGGGGGCGGGCAUCUUUAAUUGAUAUUUUUAACGCCAACUAUUUAAAAGUGGAUGUGCUUUUUCUCUCGUCUCUUGUGUGCUUCACACUCAUUUCAAGGAUAUAAUUCAGCUUUGCUGAGACUUUUCGUUGUUUCUCACGUCUUGAUAUCGAGGCGCUGUAAUAAAGAUAAUCCAGACAUGUGUCUUGGAGUCAAUUUUAGGUUUUUCUUUUUUGUCACUUGAGCAAAAAUUUCAAAAUCAGGAUCCUGCACUAAAGUAUCAGUUGCCAUUUGUGUCGUGACUUGCCGUCGGUUACUUUUUAUCCAAUAGUUCUGACGUUGAGAUUGCCGUUGCACUUUGUAUCUUUUCGUGAAGGGUAAUUUUAGAUACACACACAUAAUAAACACGGGAAGGGAAGGAAAGGAGAAAUCGUGUCGUCGUCGUCGUCGCUUCUGUUUGUUUUGUACUUUUCAUCUUCUCUAUAAUUGAUGAUAAUUAGAAAUUAAAUUCUAAUAAUUUUGUUAAUGUAUAUUAAUAACGGAAAUCUUAGAUCUUAUUUUCAAGAUCGAAUUUUAUAUUAUUUUGUAAAUAUUGCUUAGGAUAAACAAAUAGAAAAGAACAAGAGAGAGAAUACACAAAAUACCUAGGUUUUUCACUAUGACCGUACUCUAAGUAGUUUUCAUUGAGAAUGAUGAUUAUAAAUUAAAAUUAAUAUUAUUUUUUUAAUAUUAUUAUUGAAAAAAAAGAGAAAAAAACAAAACAACAAUUUCAAAAUGCA